UGGUUUAAUAGUUCCAGAGUUUUCAAUGCUAUGAUUUCUUUGGAGACAACGAAGGAUCAGUAAUGACACAAAAAAUUCCUGUGUUUUUAUGCUCUAUGUAUCUCUCUUGUCGCCUCCCUGCUGGUGCGGAUAACGACGAUCAAUCAACUGUCUCGCAAUAUUCUCAAUCACGUGUUGGGAGUGGCUUUGUUGAAACUCGCACUGUCAUGGCUGAUCUUUUGCUUGCAAUUUGCAAACUUGGAGGCUCACUUUCUGGGCAAACGACCGAUAACUUCUUUGAUUUGAUUCAUGGUUGCAGUACAUGUCUCGGAUUCUGAAAUGAUUCCCUCCAUUCAAUCAUCUAUCUCUGUAUUGGUAAAAUAACUAGUUGCUUGUUAUGAUGUUAAGUACCCCGAAUUUAGAUGCUGUUUGACACUCAGCUCCAAAUUUGUUGAAGAAAGAGCAUUAACCAGACAUGAAAUUUGCAUUUCGUGAGAAUUUAAAAUCCUAAGUGAUUGAGCAAUUGAUGAGCGUGUGGAAAUGAGAAAUUGCUAUAUGUAGAUCCACAUAGAGAGAUAGGGAAUACGAGGGAGAAGAAGGAGUAAAGAGAAGGAUUUUCAACAAUGAUGAUCGAUGGAGACGAGUGGAAAAGUUUACAGAGAAGUUUGUCGUGCAGCUGAGAUAUGAGAGAGAAGGUAAUAAUUGCCCCCAAAUUUUUUAAAAAAAAAGGUUUAGUAGUCACGUUCUUCUAUCAACAGCUACCCCACUCGUCGAGAUCGUCCUCUGCAAAACCAUUUCCUAAACCCUAAACCUAACCGGAGAAUGGAAUCCAUCGGUGUUCUAAUGCCCCACCCAACUUUCCCUUACUUAGAGGAACAGCUCGACAGGCGGUUCAAGCUAUUCCGCCUCUGGAACAAUCCGAAUAAGAUCCAGUUCAGCAACGACAAUGCUAUUGCCAACUCCAUACGCGCCGUCGUUGUGAACUCCGUCGACGGUGCCGAUGCCGAUCUGAUCGGCGCGUUUCCGAAUCUUGAGAUCGUGUCUUGCUAUGGUGUAGGGGUCGAUAAGAUCGACAGGAGCAAGUGCGCCGAGAAGGGCAUUCGGGUCACCAACACUCCGGAUGUGAUAACCGAUGAGGCGGCAGAUUUGGCCGUUGGGUUGAUUUUGGCUCUCUUGAGGAGGCUGUGUGUGUGUGAUCAGUAUGUCAGAAGCGGAAAAUGGAAGCGAGGCGACUUCAACCUCACCAGUAAGUUCUCUGGUAAAACAGUGGGCGUUGUUGGAUUGGGAAGGAUUGGCAAGGCAGUUGCAAAGAGGGCUGAAGCAUUUGACUGUAAAAUAUGCUACCAUUCAAGAACUGUAAAACCAGAGUCCAAAUACAGAUACUAUCCAAGCCUUGUGGAGUUAGCAUCCAACUGUGACAUCCUCGUCGUGGCGUGCUCGCUUACGAAGGAAACCGAACACAUCAUCAAUGGUGAAGUGAUGAAUGCGCUUGGUCCCAAGGGUGUUUUGAUCAAUGUUGGAAGAGGGAAGCAUGUUGAUGAAGCAGAGCUGGUAUGUGCACUGCUUGAAGGUCGCUUGGGUGGAGCUGCACUUGAUGUGUUUCAAGAUGAGCCUAAUGUUCCUGAGAAGCUGUUUGAGUUAGAAAAUGUUGUUCUUACACCUCAUAUAGGAAGUGCCACUAUGGAAACGCGCACUGCUAUGGCUGAUCUUGUCAUUGGAAAUUUGGAGGCUCACUUUCUGGACAAACCUCUUUUAACUCCAUUCUUUGUCGAGGUUUUUGGAUGUUGUUCCUGCCUGCCUGCCGUGUAUCCUAUUUGCUUGAACUUCACAUUCUUGGGUCUAAGCUAUGUAGUAGGAAUUAGGGGUAAAGAUCUGAGAAGACUAAUCCACCACUGCGGGAAACUUCAACCAUUAUGGAUACUGGAUUGCAUUGGAGACAAAGGACUAGGUGUUGUAGCUGCUACCUGCGAAGAUUUGCGAGAAUUGAGAGUUUUUCCAAGUGAACCCUUUAGGGUUGGGUCUGGAUUUGUGACGGAAAACGGACUUGUUAUAUACUUAUAUACAUCAAUGGGUUAUUGCUCAAAGCUUCAUUCACUGCUUUACUUCUACCAACAGACAACUAAUGCCGCCCUCACAACCGUCAAAGUGGAGAUUGAAGAAGUAGGGAGGGGGAAAAAGGGGAAAUGCCCCUCCCCCAACCAUAUUCGAGUUCCUCGUCCUUACAUCAUCACAAUUCACACAGCACGGCUACUCUACUCUCCAAUGGAAUCCAUUGGGGUGCUUAUGACCUGUCCAAUGCUCAGUUACCUCGAAGAAGAACUCGAAAGGCGCUUCAAGCUCUUCAAACUCUGGAACUAUCCCUCAUUCCCUUAUUUUGCACUGUCAAACUCAACUUCAAUUCGUGCAGUCGUCGGAGAUACUAAAAUCGGUGCCGACGCCCAGAUGAUCGAUUCGUUACCAAAUUUGGAGAUUGUCUCCACUUACAGUGUGGGUUUGGACAAGAUUGACUUGGCAAAAUGCAAGGAAAGAGGCAUUAGGGUCACCAACACGCCCGAUGUGUUGACGGACGACGUUGCGGAUCUUGCCAUUGGAUUGGCUUUGGCGGUAUUGAGACGGAUUUGUGAGGGUGAUCGGUUCGUGAAGAAUGGCUUGUGGAAGAAAGAUGAUUUCGAACUUGGUGUAAAGUUCAGUGGUAAAGCAGUUGGAAUUAUUGGUUUGGGAAGGAUUGGUUCAGCAAUAGCAAAGAGAGCUGCAGCUUUUGGGUGCCCAGUCAGUUACCAUUCAAGAACUGAAAAACCAGACACAGGAUAUAAGUACUACUCUAAUAUCUUAGACUUGGCAGCCAAUUCUGAAAUCCUUAUUGUCGCCUGUGCUCUUACCAAAGAGACCCAUCACAUUGUUAAUUGCCAAGUUAUUGGUGCAUUGGGAUCGAAAGGCAUACUCAUCAAUAUUGGGCGAGGGAAACACGUUGAUGAACCUGAGCUUGUGCGUGCACUGACUGAAGGAAGACUGGCUGGGGCAGGGCUUGAUGUGUUUGAAGAUGAACCAGAAGUGCCUGAGCAGUUAUUUGGCCUUGAAAAUGUUGUGCUCUUGCCUCAUGUUGGGACCGACACCAUCGAAACUUGCAAGGCAAUGGCAGACCUAGUGAUCCAAAACUUAGAGGCACAUUUCCUUGACAAGCCACUUCUGAGUCCUGUUAUUUGAUUAAGGUCUGUGACUCUAAUCUCUAAAAUUUGAUAUAUGUUUCCCUUUCCAACACUUAAUCAUACUGGAAAUCAGUUAUGACUAGUGUUUCUGGAGAUUGGCAUAUAUCACUCUUAAAAGUCAAGAACUUUGAUAGAACAUGGAUGUAGGCAAAAUUUAUGUUUAGGUUCCUGACUGAGUUUGAGCAGUCAGGUUCACCUGCAUCAGUACGAUGAAUUGAUAUUUUUCACAGCUUAGCACUAAAGUAUUGAAGAAUUUGAUUGCUGAUAUAUGUUUUUUUUUUAAAAAAAAACCUUUAUUAUUCGCUGCAUAUUUCCAUUAUGGUAUACUGACUUCGCACCCAUUUGAAGCAUGUUUGUCAAUGAAUAUAUUCUGAAGGAUUUCUCUGUGUA